UCUGAUUUAUGGACUUCUACAUCUUCACACCUCAUCUCUUGGAGUAGAUGACUCAUGGUGCAAUAUUUAACAGACAUGGAUUGAGAGGCCUCAAGAUUUUAACAUGUUAGGUGUUGGGUUAAUGCACAGUAAUUCGGCCCCUACAACUCUAUGGAGAUAUUUAGAAAGUAGUGGAGCAUCAUGGAGCUUUUGGGGUCGACUUUAACGGCAACUUACGCCCACCCGAAACCAACACCAACCAACUUCCUGCCGGCUAUCAGUUCCAUGACAUCAAGCUACAGGGACCGCUUCCCCCACUCCAAUUUCACGCAUAGCUUGAGCCUUCCUUGGAGACCAAGCACUUACUACAAAGUCGCCUCUAAUUCGCCCACGUUGGCCCCGUACUGCACCAGAUCCCAGAGGGCUUGUGAGAGCACCAUGCUUCCCUUCGUUUCUAACAGGACGACCCUUUUCACAAGGUACACUCCUGACGACUGGUACAGGUCCAACUUAACCAACUACCUAGAAUCGGACGCAUCCCGACAUAACUCAGAGCGACUCAGGGUGGACACGUCUCGCCUCAUCCAAGACAAGUAUCAGCAGACUCGGAAAACCCAGGCAGACUCUACCCAGAAUUUGGGAGAACGAGUCAAUGACAUAGGAUUUUGGAAAGCUGAAAUCAUUCAUGAACUAGAUGCCAUGAUUGGAGAAACCAAUGAACUAACUGAUAUUAAGAGAAAACUGGAGAGAGCACUGAUGGAGACUGAAGCUCCCCUUCAGGUGGCCCGAGAGUGCCUGUUUCAUCGGGAGAAGAGAAUGGGAAUUGACCUAGUUCAUGAUGAAGUAGAAACAGAACUUCUCACGGAAGUUGAUACUAUUCUGUGUUGUCAAGAAAGGAUGAAGCUACAUUUGGAUAAGGCCAUCGCCCAACUUGCAGCUAACAGAGCCACCCAGCACGAACUGGAGAAGGACCUGAGUGAUAAACAGGCUGCCUACCGGAUCGAUGACAAAUGCCACCACCUGAGAAACACUUCUGAUGGCGUCAGCUACUUUCGUGGUGUGGAGAAGGUUGAUGCCACGAUCUCGGUGCCUGAGUCCUGGGCCAAAUUUACAGACGAUAAUAUUCUCCGCUCCCAGAGUGAGAGGGCAGCAUCAGCCAAGCUAAGAGAUGAUGUCCAUAACCUCUUGGUGGUGACUGCCAAUGAGCUGUGGAAUCACUUCAACAAAGUGAACCUGGCAUUCACCAACCGCAUCGCAGAGACGUCAGACGCUAAAAAUAAGAUUCAGGUUCACUUAGCAAAGACUCUGCAGGAGAUUUUCCAGACAGAAAUGACCAUCGAAUCUAUCAAGAAGGCCAUCAAGGAUAAGUCUGCCUUCCUGAAGGUGGCUCAGACCAGACUGGAUGAGCGUACAAGGAGACCCAAUAUUGAGCUGUGCAGGGACAUGGCUCAGCUGCGCCUUGUCAACGAGGUGUAUGAGGUAGAUGACACCAUCCAGACCCUGCAGCAGCGCCUGCGGGAUGCGGAGGACACACUACAGUCGCUGGUCCACACCAAAGCCACCCUGGAGCACGAGCUGGCGGUGAAAGCCAAUUCCCUGUACAUCGACCAGGAGAAAUGCAUGAGCAUGCGCAAGAGCUUCCCCAACACUCUCCGUCUGGUGGGCUUCUGCUAGGAUCCCUAUCAGCCAGGGCUUUCGGUACCCCUUUGGGAGAAGAAUGCACCUAUGCACCGUCAGUGUCAUCCCGAAUGCUAACAGAUUCGCUUACUAAAGGAUUGUAUUGGUAGA